AUGGCCGCCGCAACCACCGCCGCCGCCGAGGCUGGCCUUCAGUACACACCCAUCGAUGCCAUCCCGGGCAUCGUCUCGGACCUGCGCGCCGCCUUCUUGACCGGCAAGACGCGCUCGAUCGAGUACCGCAAGAACCAGCUCAAGCAGCUCGCCUACAUGUUCAAGGAUCACCAGGACGACUUCAUCCAGUCGCUCCAGAAGGAUCUCGGCCGUUCGCGCUUCGAGAGCGUCUUUGCCGAGCUCAUGGGCACCACCAACGAGAUCGUCGAGACGGUCAACAAGCUCGACAAGUGGGCCAAGCCCGCCAAGCCCUGGGCCGGCCUCGCCUGGGCUGCCCACGGCGCCACCGUCCGCUCCGAGCCCAAGGGCACCGUGCUCGUCCUCGGCGCCUGGAACUACCCCAUCACCGUCCAGGUGGGCCCCGUGAUCGGCGCCAUCGCCGCCGGCAACACGGUGCUGCUCAAGCCGUCCGAGGUGGCCGGCCACACGGCCAAGCUGCUCGCCGAGCUGUGGAACAAGUACCUCGACCCCGAGUGCUUCCGCAUCGUCAACGGCGGCAUCCCCGAGACCACGGCGGUGCUCGACCAGCGCUUCGAACACAUCUUCUACACGGGCAACGGCACCGUCGGCCGCAUCAUCGCCGAAAAGGCCGCCAAGUGGCUGUGCCCCACCACGCUCGAGCUCGGCGGCAAGUCGCCCGUCUACGUCGACAAGAGCGCCGACCUCGCCAUCGCCGCGCACCGCAUCCUGUGGGGCAAGUCGUUCAACUGCGGCCAGACGUGCAUCGCUCCGGACUACGUGCUCAUCCCGCACGAGCUGCAGGACCGCUUCGUCGCCGAGCUCAAAAAGGCCUACGAGCGCUUCUACCCGCAGCUCAAGGGUGGUGUCAACGCGUCGGAGAGCUACGCGCGCAUCAUCAACACGGGUCACUGGAAGCGGCUCAAUGCCAUGCUCUCCGGCACCAAGGGCAAGGUGGUGCUGGGCGGCGAGGGCGACGAGGCCCAAAAGUUCCUGGCACCCACCGUGAUCGCCGACGUCAGGGUGGACGACGCGGUGAUGUCCGGCGAGAUCUUUGGGCCGCUGCUGCCCAUCGUGCCCGUGCGCGACGUCAAGGCGGCGGUGGACUUUAUCAACUCGCGCGACCAGCCGCUGGCGCUCUACCUGUUUGCCGGCGACAGCAAGGUGAAGCAGUUCUUCUUUGACAACACGCGCUCGGGCGCGUGCGUGCAGGGCGACACGCUGCUCCACUUUGCCGUCGACGCGCUGCCGUUUGGCGGCACCGGCCCCUCGGGCUACGGCAACUACCACGGCAAGGCGAGCUUCGACCAGUUCAGCCACCAGCGCGCCUCGCUCGACGCCCCCUCCACCGGCAUCCUCGGCAAGAUCAUCGAGGCCGUCAUGGCGUCGCGCUACCCGCCCUACACCGACGCCAACCUCAAGAAGAUGCGCGCGCUCGCCGCCUACUCGGUCUCGUUCUCGCGUCCCAACAACCCGCACCAGUCCAAGACCGCCUCUUCCGUAAGUGUUGCUUCGUGA